AUGCUUGAGCUCCGCAAUGAGCUGCAGCAACAACCACCAGCAGCAGCAGCAGCUGCUGCUGCAGCAGCAGCAGCAGCAGCAGCAGGAGUGCUGCCCAGCAAACGACGCGCUAGAGACUGCCCGAUAGAGAGCCUAGCCUCUGUCUCCGUUUCCUUUCUGCAGCUGAGCAACAAAGCAGCAGCAGCAGCAGCAGCAACAGCAGCAGCAGCAGCAACAGCAGCAGCAGCAGCAGCAGCAGCGAGCAGCAGCAGCAGCAGGAGGCCGUCGUGCUGUUGGCGUGCGACCGCACGCGAGCGGACCCAGCAGCAGCAGCAGCAGCAGCAGCAGCAGCAGCAGCAGCAGGAGGAAAAGCAGCAGCAGCAACAACACCGGUUCAAAUACACCAAGCAGAAGCAGCAGCAGCAGCAGCAGCAACAGCAGCAGCAGCAGCAACAGCAGCAGCAGCAGCAGCAGCAGCAGAACGGAGAAGACAGCAGCAGCAGCUGUCUCUUGCAUUCUAUUCCGACUAUAACGGCUAUGCCGCUCUUCUCCAGCGACCGCACGCGAGCGGACCCAGCAGCAGCAGCAGCAGCAGCAGCAGCAGCAGCAGCAGCAGCAGCAGCAGGAGGAAAAGCAGCAGCAGCAACAACAACAACAACAACACCAUCAGCAGCAGCAUCAGCAGCAACAGCAACAACAACACCACCAGCAGCAGCAUCAGCAGGAACAGCAACAACAACACCACCACCAACAGCAGCAGCACCAGCAGCAGCAGCAGCAGCAGCAGCAGCAGGAGCAGCAGGAGCAGCAGGAGGCCGUCGUGGUGUUGGCGUGGUGGGAGAGGAGGGGGGCGGGGGUAGGGGAGGAGGAGACAAUCGUUUUGCUGCUGGAGAUACAAAGACAGCCGGUGUCUUUGUUGCUUCGCAUGCAUUCGAUGUGGGGAGUUGUGGGGUCCCCGGUCUUGUUGCUGCUGGCAGCAGCACGGGAUCGAUCUCUCUCUUCGAUCCCCGUGUGGGGAGACAGAUAGAGACCUGGAGGGCCCAGAGGGGCCCCAUCACCUCUCUCAAUACUAUAGGCCCCUAUGUGUGUGUGUCUGCUUCUGCUAGCGAGUCAUUUGUAAACUUCUUUGACGUGCAAUCUGUGCCAGUAUCUCUAAACCCUUGCGAGGGUUUAUUCUCUUUUCCCUCAACAGAUGAGCUCAGUGUUUACACUCUGCUGCAGUUUACCCCCAACGGCAGAGCUCUUGUUGUUGCUGGAGAAAGACAACACUCAUACAGACUCAGGGAGGCGACAGGUCUUCUGUCUCACCCUGUGUGUGAGCUGUGGGACCUACACGACAGCAGCUACAGAGCGCAGAUGGCGGUGUGGGGAUCGUCCUGGGAUCGUCUCCAGCCCCACCCCACACCGCCGGGGCGACGGAGACGAUCCCCAGCCGAUCCCCAGCAGCUGUCUCCUCUCUUUGCUCUCCCCCACUGUCUCUUCCCGCAGAUGCUGGCGGUUCAGAACCGCAGCAGCAGCAGCAGCAGCAGCAGCAACAGCAGCAGCAGCAGCAGCAGCAGCAGCAAGUAUCGCAUAUUCUUAAACAAUGCAUUCACCCAGGAAACAGGAGGAGACAGCACAGCACCAACGGAGACACCCCACACAGACCUAGCAGCAUCAGAACCAGCAGCAGCAGCAGCAGCAACAACUGCUGCUGCUGCUGGAGAUGCCGGUGCAACAACAACACCACCACCAGCAGCACCAGCAGCAGCAGCAGCAGCAGGAGCAGCAGCAGCAGGAGAGACAGAAGAGAAACUGAUAGAGUGGGCCCGCAAGGAAGCUGCUGCUUAUGAGGGGCCCCCAGGGGGAGACGAUCGAUCCCCAGCUAGGGGCUUCUGCUGCAGCCUAUGGAGAGACAAACUGCUGGGGGUGGGGGGCCCCAUGCAUAUGGGGGGGGCCCUGCAUCUAUGGGAUGCUGCUACAGGCUGUCUCUGCAGCAGCAGCGUGAACAGCUUCAGUCAGCAGCAAAUAAACUGCGUGGCCCCGGACCCUAGGGGGGGCCCCCUAGCUCUUACGGGGGGCCUCUCCCCCCAGAAGGAUAUAGCAGCAGAUGCUGCUGCUGCUGCUGCAGAUACAGCAACAUAUGCUGCUGCUGCUGCUGCAGAUACAGCAACAGAUGCUGCUGCUGCUGCAGAUACAGCAGCAGCAGCAGCCGCUGCUGCUGCUGCUGCUGCUGCUGCUGCUGCAGUAGCAGCAGCAGCAAUAGCAGCAGAUAGAGCAUAUAAGCAGCAGCUGAUGCUGCAGAAGAUACAGCAGCAGUAUUAG